CAUCUCCUUAUCCUGUCCCCUUUCCCUUGCCCUCCCAUCCCUCUCCCUCUCUCUCUCGCUCUCGCCCGCCCGCCCGCUCGCUCGCGCACCGAGAUUUCUUGUCCUGUACCACCAGCCUGGUUCCGCGCGGCUUCGCUUCCUCCUGUCUGUCGCCGAUCGAUCCGGGCCGCCGGAGUCCGAGAUUCGCCGGAGCCUUUGCGGCGGGCCGGCUGCUGUGUCGGCUGGUUGGUUGAUUGAGUGAUUCUGUUGGUUUGGUUGGUUGGUUGCGGUUAUGUCCACGGCGGUGGCGGCGGGGAUGCCGCCGGCGCACGGUGGAUUCCGCGGGUCGGAGAAAGUGAAUCCGGAUCCGGACGACGCGGGUAGCAGGAGGAGGAAUACUAACGGAUUCUUCGUGGAAGAGGAGGAGGAGAGCGGUGGUGCUGAGGCGGCGGUGAGGAGGGAGUUGGAAGAGGAGGAGGAGGAGGCGCUGUCGGAGAACUCGUCGAUCGGGGUGGCGUCGUCGGACAGCUCGUCCAUCGGGGAGAACUCGGCGUCGGACAAGGAGGACGGCGACGAGGAGGAGGUGGAGAGCAAGGUGGAGGGGCUCGGGCUCAUGGGGCUCGGGACGCUCGAGUCCUUAGAGGAUGCCCUGCCCAUCAAGCGGGGCAUCUCCAACUUCUACGCCGGCAAGUCCAAGUCGUUCACGAGCCUGGCGGAGGCCGCGGCGACGGCGGCCGCCAAGGAGAUCGCCAAGCCGGAGAACCCGUUCAACAAACGCCGCCGCGUGCUGGCGGCGUGGAACCGGCGGCGCGCGUCCUGCAGCGCGCUGGCCACGGCGUACCUCCCGCCGCUCCUCGCCCCCGACCACGCCGUCCUGGAGGAGGACGACGAGGAGGGCGCGGACGACGAGGACGAGGACCACCAGCCGGGUGGCGGGCUGAGGAGCAGGAGGCCGCCCACGUUCCCGUCCCCGCGGCUGAGCGUGCACACCACCGGCGGCCAGAUGGGGAGGAACCCGCACGCGAGCUCGUUUAGGUCCCCGAGGUCCUUCUCCAUGACCGACCUCCAGAACGCGGGGUACAACUAGCAGCUAAGAUUGGAGCUUCUUCUUCCUCCUCCUCUCUUGAUCUUUAGGUGUGAGAGAUGCUGUUACUGCUACUGGUGCCACUGCCACUACUACUAUAUAAUCAAGAUAUAUAUAAGAAGAAACUCCAUUCCUUGUGCUUGUUCUCA